CUUCCCCGCGGGGCGCGGGCUCCGGGCCGGGAGGAGAGCGGGGGCGGGGGGUGGCGGGGAAGGUCAGCCGCUGGCCGGGGCAUCUCUGUCCCCUCCGCCUCCAGUCGGUUACAGCAGUGUGGCCCCAGAGUUUGUGCUCGCGUCCCGGUGGGCGUCCCUGUGUGAGCGCCACCUCCGCGCAGACGGCCUGGAGCGGAGGGGGGUGGGGGGUGCGUGCCCUGUCCCAGACGAGUCCCAGCAGGUUAGCCGAGUAACAAGAUGAGAGUUAGGAGCGUGGGGACCUGCACCCAGAUGUCAUGCCUGCAGCCCCACCCUGUGUCCGCUUAUGUCCACUUCCCUGAGUGUCUGUGGCCCUUCCCAUCGCCAGGGACGGAGGGCUGCCCAGGAGGCGGGGGCUGACGGGGAUGGCCCAGGCGCCGCUGAGGAGCCCUGUUGGGGCUGCCUCCCCACUUCCUCGAAGCAGAUACUGUUGGCAACCAUUGCUUAAUGUACUUUAACUUUUGUUCUUCCCAUGCCCUCUUCACACCCCAGUAAGCAGUCCUGCUCCACCACAGUGUGAAAGAAAAGUUCUUCUCACGUGGGACCGAACCACUCUUGCAAACCACAUCAAAGCAGAGUACCUUCCCCCGCAAAGGAGGCUCGGGCAGUCAGAUGUGGUUGGCAGCCUGCAGCCUCUGAGGGCUCUUCAGGGUCUGAGGAGGACGAUUUCCCUCCCAGGAAUUGUGUUAAGAUUUAAUCUAGAAUGUUUGUGCUCCAGCAGGCAGAGUUCAGUUUCCCACCCUCCUCCUCCUCCUGCGGUUCAGUACACCCGCAGCCUGCUGCUGUAGUGUGGGAGGUUUUCAGGGAGGUGCAGCGUGCCUUAGGGUGUGGGCUGGGAGGACACUGAGGCCAUCGCCGGGAUGAGGGCUCGGGUCCCCACACGUGUGCUGGUGCCGCCCCGCGGUGGGGUAGACGAACCGGGGGCCCAGCUGCCUCUCACCCCAGGUCCCACAUGGCACCUCUUGACAUCCUUGCCCCUCUCCGCCAGCGAAGGAGCCCCCCACUCCCCAUGGCUGAUCGGCAGCUGGCAUCGCCCCCGCCCUGCACACACUCCUCCGACCCCCGUCAUCCUGCCAUGGUUUUCAUUUCCCCAGGUCCCAGGUGUGCAUACCUUCAGCAGGCCUUGGGGAAGAUGGCGACCCUGGGGGACGGUCAGGAGCCCCCUCGUGUCCCGUCCCCUGUCAAUCUUGCGUCACCAGGGACACCUGGAACCCACCGCCUCGAGGCCCGGCUUCACCUCCACGGUCAUCAACACGACUCCCCUGGCUGCAGCCCUGAGGUGCUCUCCCAGCCACCGCAGGAGGAGGAGGAGCGGUCCCACCUGGAUCUCCGAGAUGUGGAGGAGGUCCGGAUCGGCCGAGGUACCUGCUGGCCGGGUGGAUUCGGAGCCGGCUCCCUCCUCUCCCCACCCCCGCGACCCUGAAGAGGAGGUGCACCAGGACAGGGGGCCCCUGAGGACCCUUCUGAGGAGCCUUCCCCGUAGACCCAAGUGUGGGGACAGCUUUGGGCAGGAGUGCAGCUCGGAGCGGCCCACGGGCCAGCCGCCGGGGACCGCGCCCUGCCCCCAGAAGAGGGGCACCUGGCGCGUGACGCCGCCGCCGCAGGGAGCCUCCGGGACCGAGGGGGACCCCGAGCGGGCCGCCGAGCCGGAGGGCGGCUUCGCCAGGGGCCCGGGCCCCGGGGUCCGGCAGGGCGGCCCGCGGGCCGGGAAGCCGCACAGGUGCGAGGCCUGCGGCAAGAGCUUCAAGUACAAGUCGCUGCUGCUCAAGCACCAGCGCAUCCACACGGGCGAGAAGCCGUACGCCUGCCACGAGUGCGGCAAGCGCUUCCGCGGCUGGUCGGGCUUCAUCCAGCACCACCGCGUCCACACGGGCGAGAAGCCGUACGAGUGCGGCCAGUGCGGCCGCGCCUUCAGCCACAGCUCGCACUUCACGCAGCACCUGCGCGUCCACAACGGCGAGAAGCCCUACGAGUGCGGCGAGUGCGGCCAGGCCUUCAGCCAGAGCUCCAACCUGGUGCGGCACCAGCGGCUGCACACGGGCGAGAAGCCGUACGCCUGCAGCCAGUGCGGCAAGGCCUUCAUCUGGAGCUCCGUGCUCAUCGAGCACCAGCGCAUCCACACGGGCGAGAAGCCGUACGAGUGCCCCGACUGCGGCAAGGCCUUCCGCGGCCGCUCGCACUUCUUUCGGCACCUGCGGACCCACACGGGCGAGAAGCCCUUUGCCUGCGGCGCCUGCGGCAAGGCCUUCGGCCAGAGCUCGCAGCUCAUCCAGCACCAGCGGGUGCACUACCGGGAGUAGCGCGCGGCAGGCGGCCUGCGGCCCCGGGUGGGGGUGGGGGGCGGCGGGUCGGCCCCCGAUGGAGGGGGAGGCUCCGGAGAGAGGGCCCCCGCCCCCUGCCCCCGUCCUGCUCGGCGCCGGCAGCCCCGCGGGCCGAGUGGCCCGAAUAAAUUCUUUUUGAUUGACGGAAGUAGGAGUCGCCCCUGCCUGUCCCUGGAGAGGAGUGUCCCGCGUCUGGUCUCCUGGGACCUCCCGGCGGUCCUAACUGACCCGGGCCUGGAGGCCUCAUGACUGACCUGGAGCCACAGCCGGGUGUUUCCAGACGCAGAGAGCCAAGGCGGGGCGGGCGAGGUCGGGGCUCACCCUGCCUCUGCCCCAGUCGGGGUGCCUCCUGUCGGUUCCCGCAGCCGCAGCCACGCGCCAAGUGCUCCAGACACCAGAAGGUGGGGCCCGGACCGUGCGCCUCCAGACAGGCCUAGGCCUCUGCAGCGGCAGCCGGGCCUUGCCUUCGGACUUCCAGUAGGGACAGAGCUCGGCCGGGUGGGGAAGCAGGCACCUGCCCCCUCCUGACCACUUGCGACCCCGCUCCGUCCCCACACUGAGGGGCUGCCUGGCCCUUCCCCCAGCUCAACUCCGAGCCUCACCUCCCCAGCUCCAAGCCUUUCGGCCGGGACCCUGUCCUGAGGGCCCUGCGGUUGGGCUGCCUCACCUCUCUGGGCCCCACUCCCAGGGCCCCGUGGCCACCAAGCACUUUGGACUCUCACCAUGCGCCCCCGCUCCAGGUGAGAGCAGCUCUAGGGGAGAGGAGUAGACGUCAGUCUCAGGACAUCAGCUGAGGCGCCUCUGCUGGUGGCGCUGUGGCCUGAGAGAGGAGGGACGGCGACCUUCUUCACGCUCUUUGCCGUCCCUAAUACCACAAGGGUUUUCGGGGCCUCUGCCCUCCAGCAACCAGGCCGCAGAGCCUGCACGCAUAGACCCCAGGGCGUCCCGGGGAGCAGUGGCAUCACGCUGAGCACUGGAAGGGUCAUCCUGCAGCCUCUACGUGGAGAGUGCACUUGGACACCAGCACCAGGACCCAACCCGGCAGGCAGCCCCCAAGAGCAGAGCCUGGCGGUCCUCCACACCACCCUAGACUAUCCCACAGACACCUGUGCCCUGCACACCUGUCUAGAAGGACUGGAUGGGGCAGCGCCUGCAUGAGUCAAACCGGACCUUUUUGUUCUAGUCAGGCUUUCAACUGAUUAAAUGAGGCCCACCCACACUGA